CAUAUGCUCGUGGUCAACGAUGAAACAUCACCUGGAUUACAUCUGCACCUGGCAGCCUGCCUCCUUCUAUGCAUCUUGGGGUUCAUCAACAACUAACUCUGACACACCGUCAACUAUGUCGUGGAAAACUGCAAGGUUCCUUGACAGAUUUUAUUCAACUGUUAUCUGACUGUCGGACUCCAUAAGAUCACACAAGUACAAUCAGACGUUGCAGCAAUAUGGCCUACAAAGCAGCAUCCUUGCCCUGUGUCUUAAGAUGCCUGUGCUUCAUGCUUCUUCAUUGGCUUAACGCAGCACAAGAUGAAGACCUGAGAAGUUGUAGGACUGCACCAGGCGAUUUAGUAUUUAUUGUAGACGGUUCUUGGAGUGUAGAAGAUGUCAACUUUGAAAUAGUAAAGCGGUGGCUUGUCAAUAUAACCAAAAACUUCAACAUCGGGCACAAGUUUACCCAAGUGGGUGUCGUCCAAUACACCGAUGAUCCUGUUUUAGAAAUACCUCUGGGGAAGUAUUCCAACACUAAGGACCUCAUCAGAGAGAUUGAAUCCAUCGAGUACAUGGGAGGAAACACGAGGACUGGCACGGCCAUUGAGUUUGCCACGGACAAAUUGUUUGGCCUCUCUGAACGCAGCCCGAUGGGCGUAUCUAGAAUUGCAGUUGUCCUCACCGACGGGAAGUCUCAGGAUGCGGUUCAGAAGGCAGCAGAGGACGCGAGGAGAAAAGGAGUCAUUUUGUUUGCAAUUGGUGUGGGCUCAGAGACAGAGGAGGCCCAGUUAAGAGCCAUUGCAAACAAGCCUUUUUCAACAUACGUCUUCGCUGUAGAAGACUACAAAGGUAUUUCCAGGAUCAUACAGGUCAUACGACAGAAACUGUGCGAAGAGACCGUUUGUCCGGCAAGAAUAUCUAUUGAUUCCCGAGAUGAGAAAGGAUUUGAUAUCCUACUCCAUCUAAAUUUAGCCAAAAAAGCCAAGAAGACUAAAGGAACAUAUCGUGGCACUAAAGCCUAUGAGGUGACACAGGGUAUCGACUUGAGUGAAACCACAAGGACACUUUUCCCUGAUGGUCUCCCUCCAUCCUAUGUAUUUGUCGCCACCCUGAGAUACAAGGGAUCAGUGGCAUUGGAUGAGUGGGACUUGUGGAGGAUUCAGACCCGUGAUGGGAGACCUCAAAUGGCAGUCACUGUAAAUGGACUUGAUCGUACUGUCAAGUUCACCACAACCAGUGAAUCACAAAGCGGAACGCAAACUGUUACAUUUUCACCACUCACAGCUAUGAAAGUUUUUGAUGAGAAAUGGCAUCAACUGCGGCUGCUGGUCACUGAGGAAGAUGUCACUCUGUAUGUUGACGACCUGGAAAUUGAAACACUAUCCCUGGAGCCUCCUGUCGGCAUUUUCAUCAAUGGAAAAACUCAAGUCGGAAAAUAUGUCCGUAAAGAAACAACGGCACCGUUUGAACUCCAGAAGCUGCGCAUCUACUGUGACCCUGAGCAGAACAACCGCGAGACCGCAUGUGAAGUACCGGGAGUGUGUUCCAACAGUCCGGAUUAUGCUGAGCCAACUGAAGAACCUUGCGUUUGUCCUCCAGGAUCUCCAGGGCUUCCAGGAAUGAAGGGUGAACAGGGGAAUGAAGGCAAAUCGGGUCAGCCUGGACGUGUUGGUGCUGAUGGUAAGCCUGGGGUGCCUGGCACUAGAGGAAUUCCAGGGUUUUCAGGUCCACCAGGACUAAAGGGCCAACGUGGAGCAGAUGGCUUGAAAGGGGAACAAGGGAGGCCCGGUGUUUCGGGCGAUAGGGGUGUUCCGGGAUUAUCAGGACAGCCUGGGAAACCUGGAGAGAAGGGCCCAGUGGGUUUACCAGGACGAGCAGGGAUGCCGGGUGAAGAUGGACAAAUGGGACAGAAAGGGAGUAUGGGACCUCCCGGGCCUUCAGGCUAUAGAGGAGAAACUGGCCUACCUGGCAGAGACGGAAAGGACGGACCUCCUGGGCAACUUGGUCAAAAGGGAGAAACUGGGGCCAGUGGUAUCCCUGGUGCUGAUGGAAGGGCCGGGCAUCCAGGCAUACCCGGUUCACCAGGGAUGGCAGGUUUAAUCGGACUAAAGGGAGAGGCGGGAUUUCCUGGAUCAAGAGGCCCCCAAGGAUCAGACGGACCACCAGGGGAGAUGGGCCCACCCGGUCCACCUGGCUUGAAUGGGCAAAUGGGACCAAAGGGGAGUAAGGGUGAACAUGGAAGUCCGGGUAAGCAAGGGACACCAGGUUCUAUGGGCACGCCAGGAGAGCCAGGACUAGCGGGUCAGCCAGGACACCAAGGAGUGCCCGGCCUGAUGGGAAGCAAGGGAGAAAGGGGCAAUGCAGGUGAAAGAGGAGAAAUGGGAAUAAAAGGAGAAAAGGGGGAACACGGCAAACCCGGGAACCACGGAUCGCCGGGUCUGCAGGGUCGAAAGGGGGAGAAAGGGACAACAGGAGAUUUGGGACAAAGAGGUCAAGAAGGUCAAAUGGGACGACCUGGACAGCCAGGUCAGACAGGUCAGCCGGGACCUCGAGGGCCUCAGGGGGAUACGGGUCCUCCUGGCCAACCUGGACCUGCGGGAAGAUCUGCCAGUGCAAUUUCCGACAUGCAUAUUCGUCAAGUAUGCAGAGAAAUUCUUCAAGCUGAACUACCUUCUAUGUUGCUGAGCCACCAAUCAAGCAGCUGUGACACCUGCCACAGCCGUCCCGGAUUACCUGGAGCUCCAGGAGAUUCAGGACCUCCAGGCAUCAACGGACUUCCUGGCCUAACUGGAGCCCGAGGACAGCCAGGCUACCCAGGUCGUCAAGGGCAUCCCGGUCAUAAUGGUCUAAAAGGUGAACCUGGUCCUAAGGGUGAAAUUGGAAACCCAGGACGAACCACACAUGGCGAUCAAGGACCACCUGGACCUCCAGGUCCUAACGGCUAUGGCAAACCGGGUACCGCAGGUAAGCCUGGUGCACCUGGUCGGAACGGGGUGCAGGGUAAAAGCGGUAAUGCCGGCCUUCCUGGCCAGCCUGGGGUGUGUGAUCCUUCCUUUUGCUAUGGCAGCAUGAUGAGGAGGGCCCACUACAGCAAAGGACCAAACUAUUGACACUCGCUGUGUGACACAAACCAAAGCAUUCUCAGGAAAACAUCAUCCUUAAAGUAACAAAUGGACCUCUUUAGAGUAAAAGCCCAUCACAUAUUGUUUAUUUUGGACUAUUGAAGUUAAUGCUUUUAAAAAGAUGUUGGUGCCUUUUAAUGUCUAACAUGUUCCGUGAUCUCAUAUUGCCCCCUGGUGACAGAUUGCAAUAUGAAAGUUGACCCCUUUAAACUUUUUCCACUUAGGACCGCAGACUGAAAAAUCAAAGCAAGUGGGGGCCAUUUUAACAUUUACCAAUACAAUAUAUGUAUAACUAAUUAACAUUUAGGCCUCCACUCAGGCUUGAUCCCGGGGACCCCAAAGGGUUUUGGUCCGAAAAAUAUGAAAAAUGUGUCAUUAUUCAGUAUUAUUUUGUUUUAUUAUUAUUCAAGUUUUAAAUCUCCAGAUCAACAUUAGGUCCAUCUGUCAAUGUAAUGAUUUUAAAGAUUUAAGUUGUAUGCUCUGAAUGUCAAAGAAAAAAACCCCACAAAAUAUGCAAUAUUAUCACCCGAUAUUUUUUUAAGUGGAAUAUUUGAGAUUAUAUAAUAAUUGGAGCAUUUAAAAAGGUCAAUAACUCAUAACACCAUUGAUUUUGAUUCAUUAUUAUUUUUGGAGCAAUGACACUUAAAAAAAAAAAUCACACUAAAAUUAUUUGGGAUCCAAAAGGGUCGUACUCAUUAAAGUGUUAAAAAAUAAAUUAUACCUUUUUUUUUUACUGUUUACUUUCAACACAAUAAUCUCGAGAUCAACUUCAGAUUUAUCCGUCAAUUAUAAGUUUUACUGUUGUUUAGGUUUUUUGUUUGUUCAUUAUAAGCCCUUCUUUAAAAAAAAAACAGCUCAGUUUUUUAUAUGGCAAACACAAAAUAUGCAUCAUUUUCCCCCAAAAAUAUCUCAAAGUGGAAAAUUUAACGUGACGUAACUGGAGUCAAUAAUUCAUAAUGGCAUUGAUUUUGAUUCAUUAUUAUUUAUUAAAGAAAUAAACAGCCUGCAUGGCAGCUUUGUGUUAUUAGAGUAAACAUUGCAGCAUUUUCUUGUUACAUUUCACCCGUUUGCUCCUAAUUUUUACAUUUUAAAAAUUUUUCAGUCGUAUUUUUAAAAUGUGCCGUGGGGCCGUUAAAAAAUUACCUGUGGGCCUCAAAUGGGUCCCGGGCCGCACUCUGGACACCCCUGGCUUAUGAUGAAGAUCAGUGGUCCGCAAACUCUUUUUAAUUCCACCUAAGCCAUAUUCAAAAUGUGUAUUUCUGUACAAAAGCACUCUAAAUGUGCCUUUAGCUAUAAUAACUGGCAUUAUUUUUUGUUCUGAAAGCAUUCAGUCUGACUGAACUUUUCUUUAGAAAUCGCCACAAUCGACAAAGACUCACCAUUUAGGAGUAUAAGGGUAUUUAUUCACGAGAUUGUAGGCUGGCAUUAUGUCUCUUAGUGAAUUAUAUUCCUCAGGCCCUUCAUUCCUGUAGCACGUAUUUGUUUCUUAUUUAUAAUUCUGAGUCUGAGUCAUAUAUGUGGAUUUUUUUCCCCCCAGCAUUGCCAUGUUUUAUGUUUUUGUAAAACUUGUUUCCAGUUUUAUCCAAAUUAAACCAUCCUUUUAAA